CAGGACCGGCAGUUGGCGUCGCAGGCUCCGGCGCCGAGGGUCGCGGGCGGGUCCGCUCCCGGUGGGCGAGGCGGGGGCACCAUGGCGACCACCGUCAGCACGCAGCGCGGGCCGGUGUACGUCGGCGAGCUGCCGCAGGACUUCCUCCGCAUCACGCCCACGGCCGCGCAGCAGCAGGUGCAGCUGGACGCGCAGGCGGCCCAGCAGCUGCAGUACGGAGGGGCGCUGGGCACGGUGGGCCGCCUCAGCAUCACCGUGGUGCAGGCCAAGCUGGCGAAGAAUUACGGCAUGACCCGCAUGGACCCGUACUGCCGCCUGCGCCUGGGCUAUGCCGUAUACGAGACGCCCACCGCCCACAACGGCGCCAAGAACCCCCGCUGGAAUAAGGUUAUCCAGUGCACGGUGCCCCCGGGUGUGGACUCCUUCUACCUAGAGAUCUUCGACGAGCGGGCCUUCUCCAUGGACGACCGCAUUGCCUGGACGCACGUCACCAUUCCCGAGUCCCUGAAGCACGGCAAGGUGGAGGACGAGUGGUACAGCCUGAGCGGCCGGCAGGGUGACGACAAGGAGGGCAUGAUCAACCUGGUCAUGUCGUACGCGUCGCUGCCAGCCACUGUGAUGAUGCCGCCUCAGCCCGUGGUCCUGAUGCCCACCGUGUACCAGCAGGGCGUCGGCUACGUGCCCAUCACAGGUGUGCCCGCGGUGUGCAGUCCCGGCGUGGUGCCUGUGGCCCUGCCCCCAGCAGCCGUGAGUGCCCCGGCCCGCUGCAGCGAGGAGGACCUGAGAGCCAUCCAGGACAUGUUCCCCAACAUGGACCGGGAGGUGAUCCGCUCCGUGCUGGAAGCCCAGAGAGGGGACAGGGACGCAGCCAUCAACUCCCUGCUCCAGAUGGGCGAGGAGUCCUAGAGCCUCGCCCCACCCCCACCCCCGACGUGCCGGCCCAGCCCCUCCCCCCAUUCCUGUGAAGGAGCCCCGUGUAGCCUUUGCUCGGACGUCUGUAGUCCCAGUCCUCCCCCUCGUGUGGGAUGCAUGUGGGCGGUUGGUCCCCGGCCGCCGAGCCCAGCGUCACUCAGGCGUGGGUGGCUCUCCUCCUGGCCUCGCUGGGAGCAGAGCGGGCACGGGGGGCUUGUCCUCUGUACGCACGCUCGCCCUCCCGCCGCUUGGGGACGAGGGUCUUCAAGUGCUGCUCCCCGCACGCUGUCGCAAGCAGGCUCCCUGCGAGCCGCCGCCCCUGCCAGCGCUGUAGAAAGCGUCGCCGCCCUCCGGCUGGCGCGUGGCAUGCCGCUCCUCUCCUUAGCCGGGUAGACCUGUUCCUUCAGGCACGUACAGCACUCGCAGCCGAUCCACCGUGCGAUUCCCGUCUUCCCAUGGAUGUUCCUUGUGGGUGGUUCUGGGCUGCUCCCCCGUGUCCUGGGCGGGCGGGCCCCUGUGUUGCCAGCCCAGCGGCAGGGUCGGCGCGGAUGCAGAACGCACGGGGCCCGGGGUGCACUGAGCCCUGCCCCGCCCGCAGGCUCUGGAGCAGGGCUGUCCGGGCUGGGGACCCCGUGAGGCCUUUUCCUGCUGUGUGUCCUGCCAGCUCCGUGGGGUGGGCCUCCGAGAGGCUGCCGCUCCCCUCUGACCGACUCUUGGAACAGAACCUUAAAACUGGGGGUAAAAGUGGUAGUUCCAGCACUUUGUAUUUGUUUAUUAAAGGGUGUUUAGGAACCAUUGGCUCACUACUGACGUUGAUUUAAGUAAUCGCUGUCCCGGUCCCGUGAAUUCCCUUCGGGUGAAAGGAGCGGCCGCCCAGUGAACGUCCGAGUCCUCUCGGGAGGCAGGAGGUGCGUGUGCCGCGCCGUGGGCUGCGUGGAGGCCGCGGCCCCUGGCCUGGGACGGGUAGGGCUCCUCGUGGAAAUCAGCAGCACGAGCCGCUUCUCGGGGGCAGCCCGUAGCCCACACGCGGCACGCUUGCCUUCGAGGACGGAGUCUCCGCCGUGGACGCGACGGGCUCCGAUGGCGCGGACCUGAGAGGGCUCGGCAUGGGGUGAACCCCCGUCCCGCCUCCCCCUGCACAGGGGCGUUUCCUAUCCGCUGGAGGAUGUUGCUGCUGCCGGCAGGCGCGGGACCGUCAGGGAUCCGCACGCGAAAGGCUGGUGGCGUGCGUGCCGGCUGCCCAGUGACAGCACCGGCCAGGCUUCUCGGUGAAGAUUGCUGCCGGGGGACGGGCGCCGACCGCCGGCUCGGACACGGGAGCCCUGCUUUCUCGUGGAGCGCCAGUUCCCGGUUCGGACAGCUUGGGCCACACCGCACAUUUCUACCCAGAAGCACCGGGCAGGCAUGCAGCGCACUCCUGUGGGGACGACCUCCACAGACGCGCAGCUCGGGGACCCGUGUCCGAGGCCCCGCUGCCACUUUCGCCUCCCCAUUGCCCGGCCGUCUGGGCGCGUCGGGGAUGUGCUCCUUGUGAGGACGCCCGCAGGACGCAGCGAGAGACGAAGUGGGACUCGCGGGCCUCGGUUGGCGGGAGAGACCCUGCACCUGUCACUUGUGCUCCCCUUCCUCGAGCACUGACGUUAGAGCCCACGCCCUGCAAGGCCUUCCCUGGUUGUGUCAGGCCCUUUUCCCCUUCUUCACGCCCUGCUGUCCUGCCUGCGGGUCGUGGCCUGUGGCUGCUCUGUGGGCAGGAGGGGGACCCGUGGCAGUUCCUCUGAAGCAGGCCUGGGACAGGCCGAUGAUGCCGCAGCGUGGCCACCACGGACUCCCACGAGCCAGCGUGGCUGCUGGUGCCGGGCCGCUGUGCCUUGUGGCCCCGUGCACGCCAGGCGGAGGCCCCGGGGGCCUUCGUGAGCUGGCCGGUGGCCUUUCCGCCAGAGGCAGCCCCGCCACACUGUCAGCCAGGACGGGACGUGGGUGUGUGCCGGGGCUCCUCCCGCCUCCCCGUCAGCCUUCCGGAGGCUCCCCUCCCCGUACCGGCGCCCUCCGGCCGCAGCCCUGCGCGCCGGUGGGAACAAUUCUCAGAGCUCUGCGUUUCCAAUGCUUCUGUCGGGUCCAGUGUCCGGAUUGAUCUUGAAUUGUAAAGUAUAUUUUUGCUUUUUGGCCUUCUAAUUUAAUACAUGGUAUCUAUAAAAGUAGAGAAUUAAACUUCUCCAACGAAUCUUUA